UCGCAGGUUAGGCUGACCUUCUACUGUAUUACACCUGACGAACGAAAUCAUUGAAAAACUUAAUGCGUGCGGAGCGAGCGUCCCCUUUCUACACUUUAAACAUAUAAUUUUUCUGAACAAUGUCUGCAUUCCAGGUCGCUUCGCCAACAGAGACACGACACAGCAAUCAUAAACGAAUAUUUGUUGCACUUGAACCACUACAAAAGCUACAAAUAGCAACGGGGGAUCUUGUUAUUGUCCAACGCGAUCAACAAUCGAACACUGAAAAGAAUCAGUUUGCAAUCGGAAUUGCCUGGCCUUCUUUAACUCUUCCAAAUAAUGCAAUUGAGCUUGGCGUGGCUGUUCGUUUGACAGGUCGUUUUGAAAUUGGAGAUCAAGUAGCGCUUAAGAAGUUUCAAGGCACACAAGCAAUUGCCAGCCAUGUGACACUUUCACCUCUCGCAAAGACUCAGUACGCGAUAAAUCAAGCUUUACUCGUCUUUUUAAAAGAGUUCUUAUUGGAUUAUCGGUUUAUUACUUGUAAUGAUGUCAUUGAUAUCAAAUACAUGGGCAAAAUACGACGAUAUCGUGUUAAAAACAUCGAUAAAGCAGAAAACAACACCAUAACCAAUGAAAAUCAUGAUACCACAAUUUCGACAGUGUUUGCUAUUGGCAGCACGACACGCGUUUCCGUCGUCGAGAAAGACCUUACCAAAGGCACAGAGUUAACAUCGUCCUCUAUGGAAAUCGACAAUGAUCCAAAAACAGUUACAUACGACCAUAUUGGUGGUCUUACCGAACAAAUAAAGACAGUGCGUGAUAUGGUAGAAACGCCGUUACAGAAUCCUGAAUUGUUUUAUCGCUAUGGAUUAAAACCUCCAAGGGGUGUAUUACUAUACGGUCCUCCCGGCACUGGUAAAACCUUGAUCGCACGAGCCGUUGCUCAGGAGACAGGCGCACAUGCCAUGGUGAUCAAUGGCCCGGAAAUCAUCAGUAAAUACUAUGGUGAAACUGAACAAAAAUUACGCGAUAUAUUUCAAACGGCAGCAGAAUCAGCACCUGCAGUGAUUUUCAUUGACGAAAUCGACGCGUUAUGUCCAAAACGAGACGAAGCGGGCAGUGAAAUGGAGAAACGCGUGGUGACCACGCUGUUAACACUGAUGGAUGGUACAUCCAGCGCAGACCGUAUUGUUGUACUUGGCGCGACUAACCGUCCCAACGCAUUGGAUGAAGCAUUGAGACGACCAGGACGAUUUGAUCGUGAAGUGGAAAUCGGCAUUCCAAACAGUGAUGAUCGUUUGUCUAUCCUGACUACAUUGAUGCGUCGGAUACCACAUACCUUGACUGAUCAAGAAUUGGCGUUGUUGGCGGGCAAAUCGCAUGGUUAUGUUGGUGCGGAUUUGGCUGCUGUGUGCAGGGAAGCUGGAUUGAAGUGUAUUCGACGUAAUGCCCUACGUAGGGAACAACCUGACUUGCGUGUGAAUGUGUCUGAUAUGAACGAGGCUAUGAGUGAGAUCCGCCCAAGUGCUAUGCGAGAGAUUAUGCUCGAGGUGCCCAAGGUUUAUUGGUCAGAUGUAGGUGGUCAAGCAGAUGUAAAACAAAGACUCAAAGAAUCCGUCGAAUGGCCAUUGCAGCAUCCCGAAGCUUUUGAACGACUAGGAAUUCGCCCACCCAAAGGAAUUCUCUUGUAUGGUCCCCCUGGUUGUAGCAAAACCCUUAUGGCUAAAGCCUUGGCUACUGAAGCUGGGUCCAACUUUAUUGCCGUCAAGGGCCCUGAGCUGUUCAGUAAAUGGGUUGGCGAGUCCGAAAAGGCUGUUCGUGAGGUCUUUCGAAAAGCACGGGCUGCUUCACCCUCGAUUGUCUUUUUUGAUGAAAUCGAUGCAUUGACUGUAAAACGCGGGGGAGGCGGCGAUGGUGGAGGCACAUCGUCAGUUGCCGAUCGCGUUCUUUCGCAACUCUUGAAUGAGCUGGAUGGCAUCGAGCCUCUGGUGAAUGUUACGGUGGUCGCGGCUACAAAUCGACCUGAUAUCAUUGACGAUGCUUUGAUGCGACCUGGGCGUAUCGAUCGAAUCCUCUACGUGGGACCUCCGGAUUUCGCUUCGCGUCGAGAAAUAUUCAGGAUCCAACUUGCCAAAAUGGCAUGCGACCCGGACGUCGAUCUUGGUGAACUUGCAGCCAAGAGUGACGGAUGCUCAGGUGCAGAAGCGGUAGCCAUAUGCCAAGAAGCAGCUCUCUUUGCCAUGGAAGAGAAUGUGCAUAUUGAUUCGGUCAAACAAAGGCAUUUCAUGCAGGCAUUGUCGUCAUUUACUCGGCGCAUAACACCUGAAAUGUUAAACUUCUAUCGCGACUUCCAAACACGCUCGGGAUUACAAAGUAUCUAAAGGAUCAUAUGCUCUCCUUCUCUCUUGCUUGAUGUUGUUAUUAUCGGUUGGUGUGUUUGUUUACUGAAUGAAAUAGAAGAAGAAUAGAACGGUUUCACAACUUACCCAUCCGUAUCAUACGCACCAUUCCCUGUUAUUUGUAGCACAACAGCCUUGGUUUCCCGGAUAACGCUGUUGCAUGGUUAUACUUAUUCCCACACAUACACACAUACAACACAAUACAUUUGGUUUUGGACUGCAACAUAACAACAACCUUACACCUUCCGUUCUUACUCGUAUUCUCUCAUCAAAAACCAGCAACAGCAAUAAUAAAGCCAACACAGCAUAUAAACAAAACAAUAAGAAAA